CAAACUGGCUCUCAACAACUACUUUGAAGUACCGUAGCAAAUUCUGAAUCCUGUCAGUGGCUAGUGAUGAUGCGCUCAUCCUUCCUAUAUAUAAAUAUGUAUACUAGUACAUCCCAACGGUGUGUAGGCAGAGCGAGACGCCAAAGCUAGCACAGUAGUCUCCUGGGCUUUUCCCCGGCCGGCGGCAAGGCAACUAGGCAAGCAAUGCGGUGGUACGCGAACGUGAAGGAGGUCGGCGGCGGCGACACGACGGUGGUGCUGGCGCACGGCUACGGCGCCAACCAGACGCUGUGGGACAAGCUCCUGCCGGCUCUCUCCGAGCACCACAGGGUCAUCCUCUUCGACUGGGACUUCACCGGCGCCGGUGACGACGAAGAGGCAGGGCGGUACACGUUCGGCAGGUUCGCCGACGACCUGAUCGCGCUCAUGGACGACAAGGGGGUGCGCGGCGCGGUGGUGGUGGGGCACUCCAUGUCCGCCAUGGCCGCCUGCAUCGCCUCCGUCAGGAGGCCUGACCUCUUCGCCCACCUCGUCCUCCUCUGCGCGUCCCCCAGGUACCUGGACUCGCCGUCGGAGGGGUACGUGGGCGGCUUCGACAGGGCGAGCAUCGACGGCAUGCUGGGCGCCAUGUCGUCGGACUUUGUCGCCUGGGUGAAGGGCUUCGUCCCCAACGCCGCCGGCGGCGACUCGUCCGCCGCCGUGGCGCUGGAGCAGAGUUUCCUGUCGAUGCACCGGAGCGUGGCGCUGGAGGUGGCCCGGAUGAUCUUCCUGGGCGACCAGCGCGGGGUCCUCGACGCCGUGGCCGCGCCGUGCACCGUCGUCCAGGUGGCGGGCGACUUCGCGGCGCCCCCCGCCGUGGCGGAGUACAUGAGGCAAAGGAUGAUGACGAGGUCCCCGGAGGCGGAGGCGGAGGUGGAGGUGGUGGUCAUGGACUCCGUCGGCCACUUCCCGCAGCUCGUCGCGCCGCAGCAGCUGCUCGCCGUGCUCCAGCGCGUGCUCCAGCGUGAAGAGGAGGACGAGCAGGCGGGUGAAGCGGCCAAGGUGGUGGAUGGCAUCGAUGUCAUGGCCUAGCUAGGUACAAGGCGAUCGAUCGAGACGACGUCGCCGGCCUCCCUUCCCUGCUCAUACCCUGUUUUGGGCUCUCGUUGUUCUGUUCCUAAUUAAUGUACCUUGUGCGCGCGCGCGCGCACGCACGCACUUGAAGCAUGCAUGCAUGCAUCGAUCUUGUGCUAUACUAUGCCUAUAUAUGCGUUGUUGCGAGGUGCCUCGGCGUGUGUCGCAUUGUACUUGUAAGUUGUAACACGCGUGGCAGAGGCCAUACCAUUUGUAUAUUUUGUGCAGCUGAUCGAAUAUGUGCAGCGCACGCACUUUCUGCAAGGCCUCAACUGACAAAAACGUUAUCC